CAGGCCACAAAACGACCGUGUCAGCGGGAUGUCUGAACAUGGUGUUCGGCUCCAACCUCAGCCUGUACAAAUGAACUGGCUACCCGCCAGGUCAUGGCAUCACUUUCUCGCUGGGGGCUUCGGCGGAAUGGCUGGGGCUAUCAUCACGGCACCCUUGGAUGUCGUCAAGACCAGACUGCAAUCGGACUUAUUUCAGAAGAUGCCCUCAUACGGCCACUCUUUCGCCCUGGCCGGCGCACCGAAUACAUUAACUUCACCGCGUCUCACUGGUGCGCGAGGUUUAUUGUGGAACUUUGUAGAGACCGGUCAUAUAAUAAGGGAUAUUUAUAAAUACGAAGGCUUCUCUGCUUUGUUCAAAGGACUUGGACCCACUCUCGUUGGCGUCAUUCCUGCCCGUUCGAUCAACUUCUUCGUUUAUGGGAACGGAAAGCAAGUAAUAGCAAAUAAAUUCAACGAUGGGAAGGAAAACUCCAUCGUGCAUCUUAUUGCUGCUGCUACUGCUGGCAUUGCGACUUCUACUGCUACCAACCCCAUAUGGGUCGUGAAGACUCGCCUACAACUUGAGAACCAGCACGCCGAAUCCUCAACCUCUACUUCCACUAGCCGCUUCGCUAAAUCCUUGGAAUACACCAAGAACAUCAUUCGCAACGAAGGUUUUCGCGGUCUGUACCGUGGGCUAUCCGCAUCAUAUCUCGGAGUGACGGAGGGUACUAUUCAAUGGGUAUUGUACGAACGACUGAAGAAGCUCAGCGGGGGUGACGGAGCCCAAAAAAGUAACGGGGAAAAGUCAAGCUUGUUCCAACAAUGGCUAGGAAUGAUGGGGUCUGCAGGCACAGCAAAAAUGGCCGCAAGUUUAAUCACAUAUCCUCAUGAGGUUAUCCGCACACGGCUGCGUCAGCCAGUAGACCCCAAAACCGGUAGAGUCAGGUAUACCGGUUUGCUGCAGACUCUACGUCUUGUUCUUGCCGAAGAAGGUACACGAUCAUUGUAUGGUGGCUUAUCUGCGCACUUGCUUCGUGUAGUGCCAAACGCUGCCGUGAUGUACACAAUCUACGAAGGAGUUCUCCGGUGGGGCGACUCUGCGUAGGCAGGAUAUACUUUAUUCGCAGUUUUAGAACUCCUUUACAUUCGACCUAAGUUAUUCAUUUUUACUGUCCCGUUAAACUACCAUGUAAUAGUACACUCGCACCCCACUCAAUAUUAUUA